GUUGCCGAACUCCCUCUCAGAACGUUGCAUUUAUCCAUUCACUCCUUUGCUUUUCCCUCAGCCAUUUUUCUCUUUUACAGACAUAUUCCACCUCAAAAACUACAUUUAUCAUUGACUUCCUUCUGCCGGUUCCGCCAAGAUAGACGCUUGGCUUCUCAUUCUGGCAAGAAUCAAAAAACACACACGCCCACACAACGAAAAAUGCCCGUCGCUGCCCUCCUGCCAGAGCUGCAGCGCGUUCUUAUGGAGCACCGCAAAGCGUGCAACUUCGACGCCGCGGCGUGGGUGGAGAUGAAGUGCGGGAAGCUGAACGACUACAUGCGCCGCUGCGGCCUGGAGGCCUGUGUCACGAGCGUCUCUGGCGGGAUCGACUCUGCCGUCGUCUUGGCUCUGUGUGCACGUGCGAUGCAGGCACAUGACAGCCCUAUCCAAAAGAAUGUCGGUUUGUGUCAGCCGAUCCACAGCAGCGUGUGGGCGCUGGAGCGGGGCAAGGAGAAUAUUGCCGCCUGCGGUGCGACCGAAGUGGUGGUGGAUCAGACGUCUUUGCAUCAGGAGCUGGCCGCGGUGGUUGAGAAGGCGAUGGGGAUUGAUGGCCGAGACUUCGCUCGGGGGCAGCUGCGCAGUUACAUGCGCACUCCUCCUGGCUUCUACGUCGCACAGCUGCUGAGUCAAGAGGGACUGCCGGCGAUUGUGAUGGGCACGGGGAACAAGGACGAGGACUUCUACCUGGGCUACUUCUGCAAGGCUGGCGACGGCGUCGUGGAUGUGCAGCUGAUUUCUGACCUGCACAAAAGCGAGGUGUUUGCGGUGGCGGAUGUGCUGGGGGUGCCGGCAAACACACGCAACGCCGCGCCGUCGGCGGACCUGUGGGCAGGGCAGACCGACGAGGAUGAGCUCGGCUUCCCGUACGACUUUGUGGAGCUUUUCACGGGGUGGUAUUUGAAGCAGCACGAGUCGUCGAAGCUCGAAUUUUUGGACUCCCUCUCGGCGGACGCGCGGAAGCAGUUUGAGCAGUACACCGCCGCCUGCGAGCUCGUCCACCGCCGUAACGCUCACAAGUUGAUGGGCCAGGUCAACCUGUGA